AUGGAGUUGUAUAUUUAUAAAUUGAUCCUGAUGGGGGUCAUGAUCCUCGGCACAGUUGCUUCUGGUCUUUCUCCUUUGAAGGUUGAUUUUUGGAAAUGAAAAAAUGUUAUAAUUUCGAAAUUUUAAGAUUUUGCGAGCACUGCGCCAUCGGGCGGCCAACGCAGAAAGUUCACGUCGUCAUCGUCACGUUUCUCUUAUUCUUUGUCUUCUAACUUGCUUUUCAGGAGGUUUAUAAUGAAAGGAUUAAUCUAGGAACUGAUUUUCAGUUUUAGUUCAUCCACAUUAGCUUUCUGAGCAUUUUUUAGGGCGUAAAUUGGAAAAAAGCUGGUCAUUUUUGGUAGAAUUUUGUUAUUUUUUUGAUUUUCAGUUGUUUUAUUUUUGUUUCAACUAGUUCAACUGUUGAAAAAUGGAGAAAUGUCUUGAAAUUGAGCAAAAAUUCUCCAAAAUGGGAUAUUUUUCAAAAAAUUGAAUUUUUAAGUGUCCUUCAGGAGUUUGUGGUGAACUGUAAAAUUUCGUUUUUUUAAAUUUUUAAGUUUUUUUAAAUUUUUUUGUUUCAACUAUUUUUUUACUGCUCUAAAUAGAGAAAUGUCUUGAAAUGAAGCAAAAAAAUGCUCCAAAAAUUGAAUAUUUUUUUCAAAAAAAUUUAACGCACAUGAAUCAUUGAAAUUUUUAUGCCAUUUCCUUUCAAAUUCACUUUUUUUAAAAAAAUUUAGAAAAAUCAUAAUUUUUGCGCCAAAGCUUUUUUUCCUAGUCUCUUUUUAAGUCUCCCACUAAUUUUUGAAUGGAUUUAACCUUGAAAAAAUGAAUCUGAAGUCAGAAAAAAGCUAAUUUUAACAUUUUUCAUUGAAGGCGUGUUCCUGGCGACAUGUUUCCUGCACCUUUUCCCCGAGUUGGUGGAAAAUGUGAAGAAUUUGGACCAGAACCACGGGAUCCACAUCAAUUAUCCCAUAGCCGAGCUGCUCAGUUGCCUCGGCUUCUUUUUGCUCUUUUUCAUCGAAGAAGUCGGCUUGUUUUUUGGAAAUUGAAAGAAAUAUUGGGUUCAGCUGGUUAUAAUGCUGAUUCCUGCGAUGGCCCACAGUCACGGACAUUCUUCGGAUCAUCACCAUCAUCAUCAUCGUUCCAACAGCGGGUUUGUCUGGGAAAACUUGGGAUAAUCUUGGAAAAUCUUGGAAGAUUCGUAAAUUUUAUGUUUUAACCUUGUUUCACUACAAGGCUGGUUAUCAUACUUUUCUAACUGGCUCAAAAUUGGCCAGAAUAUCAUUUUAUUUUCAAAUAAAGUUCCUGAAAUGCUCUUCUAGUUUUUUACAAGGGCAAAAUCUCUUCAAUCGACCUUUUUUCAUUUUUGAAGGCUCCUUUAUGAAAAAAAACAGUUGGAACUUCAUUCGACACAUUCCUUAGGAAUCCCAGAGUGGUUCCUAUAGGGGUUAGAGGCCGAAAAAGUGGUAUCUAAAGGGUUUAGCCCCUAAAGCUCAAUUGGACCCUAUAGGGGUCUCGCUUAUUUGUUUAACUUUUCGCAUGGAAGUGGUUCUUCGCUUAGAGUGUAUAAAAAUUAUCGACUAGCAUGUCCCCUAUAGGGACCACUUUUGCAAGCUUCAGAGGCCCCUUCAGGGGUUGCUAAAGCGGUCCCUAGAUUCCCCUAUAGGGACCACUCUGGAGUUCCCAACUAGAAAGUAUUCUGAAAAAAAUUUCACAAAAAUAUUGAAGUUCAUAGCAUUUACUUUCCUUAUGAGAAGAAUUUUAGAAUUUUUCAUCUUUUUUUUAUUUGAGAAGUAAUCUCUUAAAGCUGAUAUUUUUUUGUGAAAUAAGUAGGGUUUUCGAACUUCUAAGACCUUAUAACUUGACUAGAAAACAGUAAAAUAUUUUAAAGUUGAAGUUAUGGUACUUCAAAGUCGUUCAAGUUCAAAUUUUUCUUCGAAUUCUACGUUUUAUUCCAUUUUUAGCGAUAGAGAACUUCCAGAAAUCAAGAAAGGGCCGGGGAAAAUGAAGAAAUCGCCGCAAAGGCCACCGAAUGCUGUAUGGCGGUCGAGGCGGCCGGCGUGUUCAAGAAAGUCGACAGUUCUUCGAAUCAGAGUGGUUUGUUUCUAGAAAAAUAGAAUUAUUUGAAAAUUUAAGAUAUUUAAAGAAAAAUUUAUUGUAAGAAUAUUUCAGGAAAAAAAGUUUAGAAGCGAAUAAUCUACGAAAAAAAUCGUCUGAAUUUUGCAAGUUUAUUAUAUUUUUUUGAGGUAUUUGACAGGAAUUUUUUUGACGUAUUUUUGAGUAGUGAAAAUCUUUUUUUGCAUUUUUUUAAAGGCGCAUGGAUCAUUUUCAAAGGUCUCGAAGCGAAAAAGUUUCUCAAAAAUUUUUGUAAAAUUUUUGGUUCAAAGGGCCCGAGAUUAAAGUCACGACCUCCCGAUGAGGAAAAUUAAUUUUCAUCCCCCUUUUUUUCAAAAAUUUCUUUGGCUACUUCCUCAAGUGUGAUUUUCGAAGAUCAAAUCAAAUAAUUUAUUAUUUUUUUGGGGGGGGAAGGGUAGGUCGCAUUUUUUUGGGGGGUAGGCCGCAGUUUGAGGGGGUAGGCCGCUUUUUGGAGGGAGGGGGGCCGCAGUUUGAGGGGUGGGGGAGAGUAGGCCGCACCCCGGGGUGGGAUCCAGCCGAUGUAUGAGUUGAAAGCAUGGCUUUACGGUCCUCCGCCUCGUUCUUCAGUCCUUUCAGUUGCUCCUUGACGAGCUCAGAAUGUAGCCGAUCUUGUGCUGGAGCCUUUGGACUGUGCUUUAGGUGGAUCGAGAGCGACCAGGGGUGACUAUGAAAACUUGCCCGGAUUUCAGGUAACCGACAGGAGGAGACGACCCUGUUGAGCGAGGAAAGUCAGUUGAACGACGGCCAUUGCCAGACACAUUGUCCCGUGACUGUCCAUGCGAGACCCUUGCGCACCGAGGAAUGUACCGCUACCACGAGGUUUAUAAUCAUUUUUUUUUUCUCCAUAAUAAUUAUUUGAAAAAAUUCUCUGACCUUCCAGUGUUUAAUAAGCACGGCGUUCCCAAACGGGGUGGCAAGACGUCAAAAAAAUUUUGGCGCGAAAUUUGAAAUCUACAGUACUUCAGCCGAAGGCGAUCGAACAAACAAGUUAACGUUGAAUAUUCAGUGUAAUUGUGACGUCACGUGACGUAAUUUUAUCCGUAGCGCGCACUAAAUUUUUUCUGUAAAUUCAGAAACUUUGACGCCUCGCUCACCUUCCCUCACCCCCAUUAGGAACGCCGUGAUAAGAUUUUAUCAGAUUUUAUAGUUUUCCGUUCCCUGAGAAAGUUUUGAUUGGAAAAUUCUGUAUAAAUCGCAUUUUUCGGAAAAAGGUUAUACUGAUAAGUUUUUAGCAUCUAGUUCUUCUCGAAUCUUUGAACUUUCUAAGAAAAAAUGGUAGAAUAUUCGAACUUAAAAACUGGCAGGCGCAACACAAAAAAUUAUUUAUUGUUUUCAAUUAUUUUCAACGUUUUUUUCUGGAUUUAAAAAGUGAAAAAAUUUUGGAUUUUCACUUUUUUCUAUACAACAGCUUCAAGGAUUUUUGAAUUACGAAGUUUUUACGUAAAUUUGUAUCAAUUUUGGAUGAAAAGGCUUCCUGCGCCUUUAAAUCGACUCAGGAAGGUUAUGAAUGAACUAUUCGCGUUUUUUAUUCGAGAAGUUUGAGAAAAAGCGGAAAAAUCCUUGGUUUCAAAAGAAAAUAAAGUAACGUUCAAUUUUGAAUGGCAAGUUCGAACUUUUGAAAAAAAAAAACGAAUUUCGAAAAUUUGAAACAGAAAGGUGACCUUCAGACGCUUAAAUCGUCAUAUUUUUUAAAUAAAUCCCCUCAAAAAAAUUCAUUCUACCUAUAGACCCUCUUUGAAUCGUGGACGACGAACUUAUGGAAGUAUUCAUCCGGUUGAAAAAAUUGAAAUGGCUACAAAACUCAACAGGCAGGAAAUUGGCGACGUCUGUCCGAUGUGUAGCGGGUUCCGAUAAUGUUCAUUAUAGUUGAUUCGCCGUUGGUUUUAGCUUGAAAAUUAAAGGAGCAGCCGAUUUUUUGAAGAAAUGGUCUUGAGAAGAUUAGAGAAAUAGUGCGCGAAGAUGAGAGAUUUUAGAGAGGCCGUUUUCUAGAGAGUUUUAUAGAUUUUUUAAAGAUCAAAAAAAAUUUGGAAACUAUCUCUGACCCUCCAAAAAUUCAGUGAUCUUUUUCACUCUCUGACGGAAAUUUUGAAUUUUGAACAUACGUGGGCUAACAGGCUGUUUUUCACUUUCGGGCCCCCCUAUUCAUUCAGAUGGCUUUCUAAGCCGCGGAAAAUGCAUCCAUAUUAUUUAUCGAGCUUUUUAAAGUACAUUUAGUGAGAAAUUCGUUGCCUAUCUUUUUGCCUAGCUCCAAACGGUAGAAAAAAUCGAGAGGAAUCGUAGAAAUAGCCUUAUAAAAAAUUCCAGAGCUGAUUAAUCGACCUGAAUUCUAGUUUAAAUGGUACCAAUGGAUGAUAUAUACAUGCUCAUAAAAUUUUUAAGCCGUUUGGAAAAAUUGAAAAAAAUAAUCAACUUCUGACCCCAUAAGAAAAAUGAUUUCUGAAAUCUACAAUUUUUUUGGCUCAAAAUCUAUAUUAAACUUGAGUUAACUCUGAAUAAGGUAUAUCCUCCAAAUUUCCAACCUUCCGGACGUUUUUUGACCAAGUUACAGUGUUUCAAAGUGUUAUCACUUGACGGUUUGCGUACCCCCCGUACUCCCCCAAAAAUCGGAAAAUCGAUCUGUUUUCAAUGUUAUUCCACAUUAUAAAGGGAGUUUUAUGAUCUGGCCAAGUUUCAGGCCGUUGGGAUGAGUUUUAAGGAAAAUAGAUUUUUGGACCACCGGGAAGGGAUAUUUUGAAAUUUUGAAUUUUUUGGCUCAAAAUCAAUAUUAAACUUGAGUUAACUCUAAAUAAGGUAUAUCCUCCAAGUUUCCAGGCUUCCGGACGUUUUUUGACCAAGUUACAGUGUUUCAAAGUGUUAUCACUUGACGGUUUGCGUACCCCCCCGUACUCCCCCAAAAUCGGAAAGUCGAUCUGUUUUCAAUGUUAUUCCACAUUACAAAGGGAGUUUUAUGAUCUGGCCAAGUUUCAGGACGUUGGGAUGAGUUUUAAGGAAAAUAGAUUUUUGGACCACCGGGAAGGGAUAUUUUGAAAUUUUGAAUUUUUUCCUCGUUUCGUUUUGCAAAUGACCUAGUGGAUGUAAGAAUGCGCGUUGAUCACGAUUUUGCUAGUUUCAAUCCAAAAAAACAGGAGAUAAAAAAGUUAUUCGGGAAACUUACCCAAAAUCACAUGUUUUUUGGAAUUUCCGAGUGUUAGAUGGAAAAUUCGAAUAAUCCAUGUUUGACUCAAUAAAGAGUAUUUUUUGUGGUUUUUAAAAACUCUGUAAUAUGAGCAAUAAUGAGCAAAAUGAGGUUUAAGAUUUUUAAAAAUUGAAUAAGAUUAUAUUGCACCUUAUUACAAACUUUGGAAGAGUUUCGUCGAUUUUAUGUCAAGAUAUAGAUUUUUGAAGGGUUCGACCGUACCCCUUUUUUUGAGCCACAGUAUCUCGAAAACGGCUUGAGUGAUGAUAUUCGGUUUUUUUUUCAAAAAAUCCUAAAAAAUCGUGUUCUACAACAUGUUUGAUUUAGAGAAAGUUUCACCCUAACGCUCAUUUUUUUUCAACUCACCCUACGGCGUUACCACACAUGUGAACGAUGAAAAAAUACAAGUUUAACAAUUAAAAAAACUAGCAAAAUCGUGAUCAGCAUACAUUCAUACAUCUACUGUGGCCCAAAAAAUUAUUUUCCUUAAAACUCAUCCCAACGGCCUGAAACUUGGCCAGAUCAUAAAAACUCCCUUUAUAAUGUGGAAUAACAUUGAAAAACAGAUCGAUUUUUCCGAUUUUGGGGGAGUACGGGGGGUACGCAAACCGUCAAGUGAUAACACUUUGAAACACUGUAACUUGGUCAAAAAACGUCCGGAAGGUUGGAAAUUUGGAGGAUAUACCUUAUUCAGAGUUAACUCAAGAUCAAUAUUGAUUUUGAGCCAAAAAAAUUCAAAAAUUUCAAAAAUAUCCCUUCCCGGUGGUCCAAAAAAAUCUAUUUUCCUUAAAAACUCAUCCAGAAGGUCUGAAACUCUGCCAGAUCAUAAAAACUCGAUUCAUAAUGUAGGAUAACAUUGAAAAACAGAUCGAUUUUUCGGAUUUCGGGGGUCUACGCUAAAAAGUUGAAAUAUUUCUGUUUUGCAGUGUUGACACCUAGCUGAAUAUACUUCCAAAAGCCCGCGAAAUAAGAUAAUAGUCUCAUUCAAUUCUUAUAUUAACUUUAAUAAUCAUUUCACAUUGAUAGUCAUCCGCGGGGGGGUACGUACUUUUUCGAGGGGAGUACGUACUUUUUCAAGGGGGGUACGUGAUGACGUCACAAAAAGUAGUUGGUUAGCCCAUGUAUGAUUUUGAAAAUUUUAUAAAGCCGGCGGUGAAUCAACUAUGUAAAUCAUCAAAUUUUAACCCUCUGUUUUGUCUUUUUUUUCUCCAAGACACGUGAAAUCCAAUCGAUCCUGUCAUUCUUACCCCCAUAAUAUUUGAAACAGCAAUUUCAUGUUUUUUUAUAGUUUUUUUUAUGAUUUCAGAACAUUCGCGACCCUUACCUUUGCUGAGCCGGAACGUUGCGAAACCAAUUGCGAGAAAGGUGAUUUUUUUGGUUGAUUAUUGAUUUUUUUAUUGAUUUUUGUUGGUAAAAUGUCACUUUUUUUCCAGUAUUUGUAUCAAUUUUAAGCGUGAAUAGAGCUUUUUUUCCCUAUUUUUUUCAAGAAAAAUUCGGUUAUUUUUUUGGCAAGAAAUUGAAUGGGAGUAUGGUGAGAAGGCUGGAAAAUAACUGAAAAAUUUUCUGGAGCUCGGAAAAAAAAAAAUGAAAAUGCCUAAAAAUUGCCUCAAAACUUCAAUUUCUCUUCUGAAGACGAUUUUUUUUAAAUUUUAAGGGUUUUUUUCUGCCUUUUUUUCAUGUGUUUUUUUAUUUGCAAUUUUCACAAUUAUCAAUAAAAAAAUUUUUUUCCCGAAACUUGAUUUUUUUGAACUAUAAUACUAAUUUUUUUGAAAAAAAUGUACAUUUUUUUCAGUUUUUUUACACUCAAAAAAAGUGCUUUUUCCUUCGUUUUUUUCGUGAAAAAAAUUAGCGAUUAUUGUGAAGAAGGUGUUUGAAAUGAGGCUAGAAGGUUGAAGAAUAAAUGAAAAAAAUAACCUGGAGCUUUAAAAAAAGUCUCAAAACUUGAAUUUUUUUCUCUAAAAAAUUGGGAUUUUUUUGGCGAUUUUUUUGUAUUUUGGAGGAUUUUUCUGGUUUUUUUCAUGUGUAUUUUAUUCGAAAUAUUCAGAUUUAUCAAUAAAAUUUGUUCUUGAAACAUGAUUUUUUUGAACUAAAAAAAUCUUAAUCUUUCAAAAAAAGUAUAUAAAUUGAAGUUUUUUUGGAUUCAAAUGCAUAGAAAAAGUUGAAAUUUUUUUAAUUUUUUUCUGAAAAGUUUUUUUAUUUUUGUUCAAAUUAGGAAAAAUUUAGCAUGAAACUGAAGCUCUCAUAAUCCUUCAAAACUCGAAAAAACAAUGAUAAUCGAUCAAAUUUCAGUAAAAGAAGACCCCCCAAUCCUGAUGAAGUCUCAACCUCACGCCCAUUCUCACGGAAUCCGAUCGAUAACCUUCGUUUUGGCCCUCGGAAUCCACUCGAUAAUAGAAGGGAUUGCUUUUGGUGUUAUGGUUGGUUUUAUCGAUCCCUAGGGAGAAAUCCGGGCAAGGUGGCCCGGCUGCGAAGAAGUUCGCCCUUUUUUGUCCUUUUUUUUACUUGUCAGUUUAUAGUUUCUGGCAGGGCGGGCCGACCCGGGCCAGAGUCCCCUUUUUUACGGAAAGCCCGCUCUUUUUUUGAUUUGAUAGAAAAUAUUCAGACAGGGCGGGCCAACCCGGCAACGAAAAAGCCCGCCCUUUUUCAUCCUUAAGUAAACUUGUAAUUUUAAGUUCAUAGUUUCUGCCAGGGCGGGCCAACCCGUGCCUGAUCCCCAAUUUUUGCAAAAAGCCCGCACUUUUUUGUCCCUUUUUACUCGUAAAUUGAUAGUUUCGGUCAGGGCGGGUUGACCUGGCCCUGAGCUUUAUUUUUUGUAGAAAUGUCCACCCUUUUUUGUCCUUAUUCAAAUUUUUACUUGUCAGUUCAUAGUUUCUGUCGAAUUUUGAGUGAAAAAAUGGCCGAAAACGUGAUUUUUCAAGUAAAAAGGCCUUUUUAACUUGAAGAAAACGCGCUCUUAUCGGGCUGACCCCGGGUCGGCUCCCGUAAAGCCCGUAAAAACCCCGAAUCCAUAGAUUCUGUUGAACUUCAAGUGAAGAAAGAACACAACAAUUGAUUUUUCUCGUAAAAAAGUUAAUUAAAAUUCGCACGAAUCGGGCUGGCCCCGGGAGCUAACGGGCCAGCCCUCGGACAAUCCGGACAAAUCCCGAUAUCAUAGAUUCUGGUGAACUUCAAGUAAAGAAAGAACACAACCCAUGGUUUUUCUCGUAAAAAAUUGUUCAGCCUACUGAAAAUGUGCUUUUAUCGGGCUGACCCCGGGAGCUAAAGCCCUCGUUUAAGCCCUCGUAAAGCCCGGACAAAUCCCGAUAUCAUAGAUUCUGUUGAACUUUAAGUGAAGAAAGAACACAACACUUGGUUUUUCUCGUAAAAAAGAAGGAUAUGGGGCUUGAAGAAAAUCAAUGCUCAUUGGGCCGCCCCCGGGAGCUAACGGGCCGGCCCUCGGACAACCCUGAAAAAGAAACCGAAUUUUCAGACGAAUAAAACGGAAACCACAGCCCUUUUUAUCUCACUCAUGGUCCACAAACUGAUCGUCGCAUUUUCCGUUGGCCUUCAAUUGGCCCGAACUCACGCUCAUCAGUUGAAAUGGGUGAGUUUUCUAUUUAUCGAUUGCUCGGGACAAAAAAAAAAAAUCGAUUUUUGCACCCGAGUGAUGACCAUUUUGGAUGUUGUUCCAAGCUGAAAAAUGUGGAAAAAUCGAAAAUUUUUGAUGUUUUUUUCAGUAUUUUCUGAAGAAAAACGGAAAAAUCUGAAAUUUGAAUGCGAAAAUUUAGUUUUCCACCUUUUUCAGUGAGUACAUGAAGCUUUGGAUUUUUGAGUAAAAAAAGUUUUUUUUAUACGUAAUUCUUUGUUUUUUUAAUUCUACCUGUAGAAUUUCUUCAUUUUGGUCCUGGAAAUUGAAAAAUUUUUGAAUAAUUCAUCAUUUAAUCUUAUACAAAUCCGAUUAGAAUUUUAUUUUUUUUGAGAUGUUUUUUUGAAAAAAAGAAGAGUAAUUUGGAUGGAUUCUUUCUUUUUUUUUUGAUCAAUAAAAUUUUGGCCAAGGUUUGACGAUCCCCCAUAUGCUUUUUGUUCUGCUCUCGUUGAUUUGAAAAUGAUAAAUUGAUCAUUUUUUCUUCCUCAGGUGAUAUUUUCGAUCCUGACCCUGGCCCUGAUGACUCCGCUCGGAGCUCUAGUCGGCAUGGCCGUGGCGGGAGUUGGGGACGACAUCGAGGGCAAGAACGCCCUCUGGAAGGACGCCACCAUCACGAUCCUGCAGGGCCUCGCCGUCGGCACCUUCCUCUAUGUCACCUUCUUCGAGGUAAAUCGGGAAAUUAACAAAUCUUUUAGGUUUUCUAACUAGUAAAAUGUUUUUAAAGAAGCUAAUUUUAAUGAAAAUCUCAAAAAAUUGGCUUAUUAGUUCCAUUUUUCCCCUCUAAGGGAAGCUUCAUUGUAGCGAUUCUCUAGAUUUAACGAAGAAUUUUAGAAAAUUGGCUCAAAAAUUAGUAAAAACCCAUCUUAUCCACCUCGGGAAGAUUUUAUGGGUAUCUUGACAGCUUGUCACGUUUUUGUCUUUUUUUUUCGAGUAUAAAUCAGAAACUUGUAUUUUUCCUUGUGGAAAUCUAUCCAACAGGGCUUAACAGAAACUUGGCUCCGAACUUUUGAACCGCCUCCGGAAGCGGUUAUAGGAAGUUUGAUGGAUUGUCACGUUUUUGUCUUUUUUUUUGAGCUAGAUAGAGAACUUUCAUUUUUCCUUGUGGGAAUCUGUUCAACGGGGCUCGAUUUAACAGAGAAAAUUAAAGAAAUUUGGCUCCAAAAUUCGAAAAAAAAAAGCUUGGGAAGCUUUUUUAGGAAAUUUAACAGCUUGUCACGUUUUUGUCUUUGUGUCACCUUUUUCCGAAAGAUCAACAAAACUGUAUAUUUCAUCAACCUAGUGAGAAUUUGAUCAACGGGGCUCAAUUUAUCAAAAAGAAUCAGAAAAUUUAUAAAAUCGCCCAGUCCGCCUCGGAAGGUUUUUAUGAAGAAAUUCACGACAGUUUCUUUUUUUCCAGCGAAAAUUUGGCGUAUAUUCCAUUUUGAGGAAUUUUGCAGUUUUUUUUUUGGGUCUCGAAGUGAAAGUGCAAUAAAUAGGAAACAUCUCCUAUAGGGCAAAAGGAAAUAGACCCUAUAGGGGCCGAUAAAGUGUUCCCUAUAGUGAUAAAAUCAAGGUGCUCGUCAUAGGGGUUAAUGGUCUGACCCCUUAGUCCCUAAAGCUUAAGUGGACCCUAUAGGGGUUUUCAAAUUUCAUUCCGAAAGCGUUUAUGGAUUUAGUUCUUCGCAUAGAGUUUAUAAAAGUUAACGACUAGCAUGUCCCCUACAGGAAUCACCAACUAAAACACCUAUAGGGACCACUUUUGCAUGCUUUAGUGGUCCCUGUAAGGGUUAUUAAAGUCGUCCCUAGAGGGGCCCUUCAAGGGCUUGCCAAAGAGGUUCUCUCAGAAAACAGUUUUUGGGUAUCUUUUUAUUGAGGGUUGUCUGGAGCCUUUUCUACCCUUUCCGACGUUGCCUAUGAUGUCAUGAAAUUUUAAAUCCCUCAAUUUUUCAGGUCCUCCUGCACGAAAGGGACAACGAACACCCGAACCUGCUCAAGCUUUUCGUCAUGUUCGUCGGCUUUUCCAUAAUCGGCGGCCUGCGACUUCUCGACGGCCACGAACACAGCCAUUCCCACGCCCAACAUUGA